AUGUCUAAAUCCAGGGCUAAUACAAGUGGCCGUUAUUAUCGAGACCCCAAUCGUGACCGCAAUUAUCGCCGAAACUACACUGUCUUAAAGGGCGUGCAAUACGCGGCCGUUAUAGCCAUCGUACUCGGCGUCCAAUACCAGCCAUGUGUCCAUAGUUUCACUUUGUUUAGCCAUUUGUUCAACGAUGACAACCACACGGACAGCACCGGUGCCGCCGCCCAAAGACAUCCGCUCGACGGCCACCAUCGCUACGACGACGGGUUGGCCACCGCUGGACGACCGGUAGGCCGAGGGGGUGUCACCACCGCCUCCACCGAUAGGCAGCCGUUCAGACGCCUGACCAGAGCCGUGCCCACCCGGGCGUCAGUUAGUUACGCGGCCGUCGGCGAUGUUGUCGACCAGCCAGUGGUGUAUGGGUUCCGGUUAGAGGGCGCCGAUAGUGACCAGUGGUUCAAUAUGGACACCAGAAACACCAUUUUGAAGGCCAGCACAGAGGUAGACGUGCGGCUAUACGGAGCACACCUUAACCACACGAGCGCCACACUUGCCGUAGGGUUUACCACUCAAUCGCCGCCGACCUCAGGUUCGGCCGCGUGUCGGCCCAACACAGAGCACCAGUUCCGAGUGACGGCCAGCGACAGUCACGUGGCCGUAGGGGUCGGCAUCAAAUUGGCCACCGAUGGCACGUAUUUUGUGUGCUAUACGGGUGUCGCCGAUUCGCCCACUGCCGACGCCUCAUUCGUCUACAUUCCCGGCUCUGAACACACGUAUCAAUUGGUGAAAGUGGAGGGCCCUCUCAUACCGCUGUGGUUACAGGCGCUGCUUCUGGUGCUGUUGCUGUGCAUGUCUGGCCUGUUCUCGGGCCUCAAUCUGGGUCUUAUGGCGCUGGACAAGAACGAGCUGAAAGUGAUCGAGAGGUGCGGCACCGAACAGGAGAAACAGUACGCCAAACAGAUCACACCCGUACGCAAACGUGGUAAUUACCUGCUCUGCACACUCCUGUUGGGCAACGUGUUGGUCAACUCGACGCUUACCAUUCUGUUGGACGACCUGACCAGCGGUAUCGUAGCCGUAGUGGCCUCCACCCUAUCCAUCGUGGUGUUCGGUGAGAUUAUACCGCAGGCCCUGUGCUCGCGACACGGCCUGGCAGUGGGCGCCCGUACUGUGUAUCUUACGUACUUGUUUAUGGUGUUGACGUUUCCGCUCUCGUAUCCCAUUUCCAAGGUUUUGGAUAAAGUUUUAGGCGAAGAGAUUGGCAACGUGUACGACAGGGAACGGCUGAUGGAAUACAUACGGGUGACCAAAGACCACAACCGACUGGACGCGGAUGAGGUGAACAUCAUAUCGGGUGCGCUGAAGCUGUCGAAGAUGAAAGUGGUUGAGAUCAUGACACAGAUUCAGGACGUGUUUAUGUUGUCCUACAAUACGGUACUCAACUUCGAGGCCAUGAAUACCAUCAACAGUCAGGGCUACUCACGAGUGCCGGUGUACGAGGGCGACCGCAACAACGUGGUGGGCAUUCUGCACGCCAAAGACCUGGCCUUCACCGACCCCGACAACAAUAUGCCCAUCAAAGCCCUCAUCGAGUUUUAUAAACACCCGCUGUAUUUUGUCUACGAAGACGUGACGCUGGAUGUGAUGCUCAACGAGUUUAAACAGGGUAAGUCUCAUAUGGCGUUCGUGCGUAAGAUCAUCGACGACGGUAUCAACGAUCCGGUGUACGAGUUGGCCGGUGUGGUCACACUGGAGGACGUGAUCGAAGAGCUGAUCCAAGCGGAGAUCAACGACGAGACGGACGUCAUAUCUGAUAAUCGCCGCAAACAGAAGCGCAAAGAGGCGGUGAAUCGACCGAAUUAUUCAGACUUUAUGAAACUGGGCGGUGGAAGCGGUCACGAGACCAAACAGCUGACCUCCCAAUUGGCACUCGCGGCCUACAGAUACCUGUCCACAUUCGUGGAUCCAUUCACUCCUGAGUUCCUAACGGAGACUGUAUUGAAGAGAUUGAUGUCGCAGAAGAUCUACCGUGAGAUCAAAGUGAAGCCUAACGUGCAGUUCGACAAUGUAGACAAAGUGCCGGCCGAUAAACGGCUUUACACUUACGGAAAAGCGGCCGACUAUUUCAUAUUGAUUCUCGACGGCAGAGUCCGAGUCAUCAUUGGUAAAGAGCAACACUCCUACGAAUGCGGGGCUUUCCAGAUCUUCGGCGUAUCUGCGCUUAAGGUGGCCUCAGCUGACGAUAAAGUGGCCAAAUCUACUUCGAUGGGACGCCUGUCCAUCACUGAAGUUUGGAGCCGGUGUCGAGAAAUGGACGCACUUUCUGGCCGUUGA